CUUAGGUCACUCUUUCAGCCCUUGAAUAAAAACUGCACCCAACUUCCCAGGCGCCCUCAUUGCCUAGCCGGACCCCAGCCCCUGAUAGGUUCGGUCCGGCCCGCUCGCCCCGUGUUCCGCCGGCCCCCGCCCAGCGUCCCGGACCCUCCGGCGCCCCGCGCUCGCUCUCUCGGUUCGCUCGCACCAUGGACAAGUUUUGGUGGCGCUUAGCCUGGGGACUGUGCCUCCUGAAGCUGAGCCUGGCGCAGAUCGAUUUGAAUAUAACCUGCCGAUAUGCAGGUGUGUUCCACGUGGAGAAAAAUGGUCGCUACAGCAUCUCCAAGACGGAGGCUGCUGACCUCUGCAAGGCUUUCAACAGCACCCUGCCCACCAUGGCCCAGAUGGAGAAAGCCCUGAGCAUCGGGUUUGAGACCUGCAGGUACGGGUUCAUAGAGGGGCAUGUGGUGAUCCCCCGUAUCCACCCCAACUCCAUCUGUGCUGCGAACAACACAGGCGUGUACAUCCUCACGUCCAACACCUCCCAGUAUGACACGUACUGCUUCAACGCCUCAGCUCCACCGAAAGAAGACUGUACGUCGGUCACACACCUGCCCAAUGCCUUUGAAGGACCGAUUACCAUAACCAUUGUUAACCGCGAUGGCACCCGCUACAGCCAGACAGGUGAAUACCGAACGAACCCUGAAGACAUCAACCCCAGCAUCUCCACUGACGACGACGUGAGCAGUGGAGCCUCCAGUGAGAGGAGCACUUCGGGAGGCUACAACAUCUUCCACACCCACCUGCCGACUGUCUACCCGACCCAGGACCAAGACAGUACCGGUGUGUCCGACCACCCAGAGAACACCCCUGUGACCAUUACUUCAACUGUGCACUCAAACAGCCACGCAGCGGUUCAGGGGCAAAAUCACUGGAUGUGGUCCUGGUUUGGUAACUCACAGCCUAAGACUCAGGAUCACACAGCAACAGCAACAACAGCAACCAAGAGGCGAGAAGCCCAGGAUUGGCUUUCAUGGUGGUUUCAACCAUCAGAGUCCAAGAAUCAUCUUCACACAACAACAAUAAUGGCUGGUACGGAUUCAAAUAUCAUCUCAGCAGGCUGGGAACCAACUGAAGAAAAUGAAGAUGAAAGAGAAAGACACCCCAGUUAUUCUGGAUCAGGCAUUGAUGAUGAUGAAGAUUUUAUCUCCAGCACCAUUCCAACCACACCACGGCUUUUUAACCACCCAACACAGAACCAGGGUUGGACUCCGCAGAGCCCCGGCGAAUCGAAUCCAGGAGUAUUACUUCAGACUACUACAAGGAUGACUGCAGAUGGGGACCGAAGUGGCACCAGCGCUAAUGGCGAGGACUGGCCCCACGAACCGCACUCUCCUGUCAUUCACCAUGAGCAUGACGAUGAAGAGGAGGCCGAGCGCCCCGCAAGCACAACUCAGGCAAUCCCUAGUAGUACAAUGGAAGAAACAGCUACCCGGAGAGAGCAAUGGGUGGAGAAUGGAUGGCAAGGGGAAUACCCCCAAUCACCAAAAGAAGACUCUCAUUCAACAGCAGGGACAACUGCCACAGCCCAAGACGGCCAUCCAGAUCAAAGGACGACAACGCAGAGUCAAGAGGACAGCUCCUGGACUUAUUUCUUUGACCCAAUCUCACAUCCAGUGGAACGAGGUCAUCAAACAGAAAGAUGGAUGGAUAUGGACUCCAGCCGUAGUACAACAAGUCAGCCUUCUGCAGACCCACACACACAUUUGGUGGAAGACUUGGACAGGACAGGACCUCUUUCAGUGACAACUCAGCAGAGUCCUACUCAGACCGUCCCUACAUCACAUGGAGGCUUGGAAGAAGAUAAAGACCACCCGAUGACUUCUACCCCAACAUCUAGCAACAGGACCAAUGGCAGAGGCGGGAGAAGAGGUGGGCGUCUUCCCGAAGACUCAGCUACUCCACUGGAAGGUUCAACUUCUCCCUUGCCAGCCACCGGGGAGUACAGCACCCUCAUCCCGGUGACCCCUGCGAAGACGGGGUCCCCUGGAGUUACUGAAGUUAAUAUUGCUGGAGAUUCCAACUCUAACAUUAUUCAUUUCUUUGCAGAAGACCAGGACUCCUCAGUUCACCCCAGUGGAACGUCCCACACCACUCACGGAUCAGAAUCAGCUGGACACUCAAGUGGGAGUCAAGAAGGUGGGGCAAACACAACCUCCGGUCCUAUGCGGAAACCUCAAAUUCCAGAAUGGCUCAUCAUCUUGGCUUCCCUCCUGGCCUUGGCUUUGAUUCUUGCCGUUUGCAUCGCUGUCAAUAGUCGAAGAAGGUGCGGGCAGAAGAAAAAGCUGGUGAUCAACAAUGGCAAUGGAGCGGUGGGGGACAGGAAGCCAAGCGGAAUCAAUGGAGAGGCCAGCAAGUCUCAGGAGAUGGUGCACUUGGUGAACAAGGAGCCCUCAGACACCCCCGAUCAGUAUAUGACAGCCGACGAGACGAGAAACCUGCAGAAUGUGGACAUGAAGAUUGGGGUGUAGCGCCCAUGCCGUGGUGACCUUGGAAAGAAAUGGCAGUUGGAGACACAAGCGUGAGAAGGAGCUGGGACAUUUCACAGAUGCAAUGUGCUACUGAUUGUUUCAUUGAGGUUCCUUUUUUAGUAUAAAAUUUUCUACUCCUUUUUGUUUUUUGCGUUUUGUUUUGAAGCCAAUUUAUAAAAACCGCAUCGUUUUCUGAAAUGAGGGCCCAACUGAUAACCUGCAAGAAUGUAACUGUUCCAGUUCCCACCUAGAAGCCCCCGCCCCCUAGGGCGUGCUCUGGAUGGCUUCUAACAGCAGCCGCAGAUACAUCUUCCAGAUCCCCGACCUUCCCUUCACUCCCCCUCCCAGGCAACAGCCUCAGAACAAGGACACCCCCCAGGGCUAAGAGGGAUUGGUCCCUGGGAAGGUAUUUGAAUGGGUCCACAUCCCCUGCCCCUCUCUGCCACCCAAUCCCUAGGCAUUUCUUUCCAGUGGGGUAGCGGGUCAGAAUGUACUGGUUACACAUCCCCUUCUAUAGACCCCCUGGAAAUUUUUCAGAUGCUUCUGGGAAAUACCCAAAAGGUGAAGCUAUUUAUCUGUAGGAAGCUAUUUAUCUUGUUUUUGAAGUAGUGAACCCUGGAGGUCCUUUGAUCAGUAUGGUUUUUUUUUUUUUUUGGUUUUUUUUUUUUUUGUUACUUUGUCAGAGGCAUAAAGGGUUUAAGCUGAUUCAUAAUAAAUAUCUGUACUUCUUCCACCUUAACCCUUUGUGCUGUGAUCCUUCAGUUUUUUCACCAGCCAGGUCUGGUUCCCAAAAACUCAUCGGGACGAUGAGAGAAGGCCCUCCUUGAAAGUCUUCAUCUCAGAGCCACUAAGCCCCCAUUCAGGCUCACGCAACCAGAUCUCCAAGAGAAUCAGGAAGACAGCGCUAUUUUAUCUCUGGGGCUCCAAAGGCUUUCUCCUGUCCUAGCACCCGAAGUGCGAGCGGAGGAGUCUCGGCUGCUUUAUGUGAGAGCGGCCACCAGUUCUCUGCCCUGAGAGGCUGUGAAAACUCACUUUACAUUGCCUGACCUACCAUUUGUGGCAUCCCAUUUCAUAGACACUGACCCUGUUAAAUGACGUCCAAAACCAAUAUGGAAGUACAUUUUGGCCUCUUGUAACAAAAAGAGAAGCCGACGGAAAUGAAAGAGAGCAUAGACCGUAGCCAACUGAUUGCCACAGGUGGGGGAAGACGGAGGCAGCUGUGUAGAUCCCGUUUGAGUGUUUUUAGGGCUGUAUUUGUUUAUACUUCAACAAGCCAGCUGUCCCUGACGCAGCUGCUACUCAGGGUAGGUUAAGUGCCUGGGAAGUCCCUCAGAAGGUUAUAGGGCUUCCCACCAUUGGACUCUUAGCACCAGGUAGGUGGGUUUAUGACCAAGUAAGAGAAGAAUGGCUUUAUCCCUUGCUUGGCAAGUACUCGGUCUUUAUUCAUCAGUUCAGAAGUCCCGUUGGUCCUGGAACUUCCAAAGAUGAUUUGUAAUAGAAGAAAUUAAAUCUGUAAAGUAAGGACUCCUAUAAAAUGAGAACUCCUUCCUUAUGCCCCCAUGAAAAGUUAUCUGUUGCCUAAACUGAUAAGUUUAACUGGUGAUGUUGCUAAGACCAGGGAGAGAGAGAGAGAGAGAGAGAGAGGGAGAGAGGCAAGAAGGAAGAGGAAAAGAAAAAGAAUAAAUAAGAGAAGAAGGGUAGAGGGAGGAGGAGGAGAAGAAAAUAGGUCCCGCAUUAGCCAGGGCUGGGCUUAUACGUGGUGUGAUUGUGACAGAUCUAUUUUUAGAAGAGAGGCCCACUUUCUGCACUCAUUUCCAACUUCUGUUCUCUCCUAUCCACCCUCAUAACCUCUUCGCAAUCAUGAUCUUUGAAAACUUCCUUCUCUUCUGUGAACUUCAUUGGCCAGUUCCAUAUCGGACAUCUAGCCACUCUGUUUCACAGCCACUAUGUCCAAGUGCUCCCUGCUUUCCAAGAGCUUUCCUGGUCUGCUGCAGACACAUUCUGGCUCUUCAGCCACUCCGGAUCUGGUACAGGAGCCUAUGUCAGGCUUGAUCUGUCCCCAGAUUCUCUUCAGCGUCAUGGAUAGUCUUACAAGUCUCACCACUAGGGAUGGCUUUCCUUUUCUAGACAUUUCCAGUAAAUAGGCUGAGAUAGGCGAUUGUUUUUUAUUUUAUUUUAGAAUUUCCUAUGAUCUUUCCUUUUAUUACUGUUGUAGUCCCUCACUUGGUUAUACUUCUGUGUUCUCAGACAGGAAUGGGAGAGGUCCAGAGCUUUUAGUCCUUGAAUGCAAUACCCCUCCAAUAUUGCCCGGAGUUCAUGGAAUAGGAAGUAUUCUCUCCCGUUUGAAAUAAUGGUGCAAUGCCAUUAAGCUGAGAGUUUAAGAUGCAAUAUUUCCUACAAUUGUAAAUCUUUUGUGUCUCCUGAGGGCUGCCUUUAAAUUAGCACUGGGUGAAAAUAAAAUGGUGCAAGAGACUCCUUCAUAUCCAUAUUUUGUAGAUUCUAAGCCUGGCAGAAUGGAUUUCUCCAGCAGAACCUCUCAAAGUUUUAUAUUGAGACCAUGAUGCCAAGAACUUGUUCCAUAGCCAAUGUUCAUUCAAUACUGGUACAGCAGAGGAGUGGGAGAAAGGAAUCUCUGACUUCUCUAGAAAUGUCAAGGGUACUUAAGAAUAAGAAUAAUGUGGUCCAUUUACCUUAUGUAAUAGGUAUGCCUUUCUAUAAAUCACUUCUGUCGAGUUUUCGAAGAAUAGCUCAUUGUUCAUGCAUGUACAGCGACCAUUGUUAUUUCUGAUUUGUCACAGCACACCCUUCCUCUCAUUUUUGUAUAUUUAUUGUCGGACCAGUAGUAACGAGGAAAGCAUGAUAUAUAUAUUGCCCAGUUGAAAGCACUUAUUGGAAAAUACCAAAAAGCUACUAUUAAAAAGCUAAAGGAAACAGA